AACGAAUUUGAAAGAGUCAGCGUCGAUUCCGAGCCCUAUAUUGUAGGCAAAUCCCCGCGCUUUUCUCCUCAUCGUUCCCAAAUUCCGUGGUGUUUGGAUUCCCAUUCCCAUUCCUGGUUCUUCUUUUUUAGAAAAUUUGGUUUUCGAUUUUUGGUCGUCGUGGGAUUCUGUAUUCUUCCAUAACCUUUUCGAGUCCUCUGGGUUUGCCGCCGCGAACCCAUUUGGACCAACUGGGAAGGGAAGGGAAGGGAAGGGAAGGGAAGGGAAGGGAAGGGGGCCAAGAGAUCAACGAAACCGAAUCCUGUGUUUGAAUUCUCUGCUUUCCUGAUUGCGCCAAUGGCGUCUCUAUGAUUUCGUUCUACUUCGUCGGCUUCUUAUCCCUUAGCUUUGAAUCCUAAAAGCUAUGCCCCACUGACCGCCUGUUUCAUGGUCGUCUUCCAUCAUCAUUCGCCAUCGUAGUCAACCUUUACGGCAGUUAUCUUUUAACUAUUCCUCUUUCGGAAGGAUUCAUUUUGGGGUUUGCGUUCAUGCUUCUUGUUGGGCCUUUUUCUUUUCCGCGGGUUCGAUUGUGCUGAGAGGUUGAAGGACGCUCUACCUCAAUGGGAGUUAUGAAAGACAACAAAAUUCUAUACAGUUCUUACUUUACUGGGCUGCGUCCUUCACCCUGUUAAAAUUUUCAGGCUUAGGAUUCCUUUGUAUUCAAGGUGUUCUAGUUUUCUGUUUCGAUCUUAGCUAUGGAUUCUAAAGGAAGAGACGAUAUUGGAGGUAUUAAGACCCCAAAGGAGACAGAGAGUGAGGAUAGAACUCUGAAUUCAAAGGUGGCUGGUAUGGGAAGCAUUAGCAGCAAAGACAUGAUAUUCAGAGCAGAUAAGAUUGAUUUGAAAAACCUAGAUAUGCAGCUGGAAAAGCACUUGAGCCGGGUUUGGUCAAGGAACGUUGAAAACCAAAAGCCUAAGGAGGAGUGGGAGAUUGAUUUGUCUAAACUUGAUAUCCGAUAUGUUGUUGCUCAUGGGACUUACGGAACAGUAUUCAGGGGUGCUUAUGACAAUCAAGAUGUCGCAGUGAAGCUAUUGGACUGGGGGGAGGAUGGUCUUGCCACAACUGCAGAAACUGCUGCUCUGCGGGCAUCAUUUCGGCAAGAGGUUGCUGUUUGGCACAAGCUUGACCAUCCUAAUGUUACAAAAUUUGUUGGAGCUUCAAUGGGAGCUACAAAUCUUAAGAUUCCUUCAAAAGGUUCUUCAAUGGAUGGUCAAAAUUCGCUACCCGCAAGGGCCUGCUGUGUUGUUGUCGAGUAUCUUGCUGGUGGGACAUUAAAACAAUACUUGAUAAGGAACAGAAGAAAGAAACUUGCCUUUAAGGCUGUGAUUCAAAUAGCUUUGGAUCUCUCUAGAGGGCUUAGUUAUCUACACUCUAAGAAGAUUGUACACCGUGAUGUCAAAACCGAAAACAUGUUGCUAGAUGUUCACAGAACUCUUAAAAUUGCUGAUUUUGGUGUUGCCCGUGUUGAAGCUCAGAAUCCAAGAGACAUGACUGGGGAAACUGGUACCCUUGGAUACAUGGCCCCAGAGGUUCUUGAUGGGAAGCCGUACAAUAGAAGAUGUGAUGUCUAUAGCUUUGGAAUCUGCUUAUGGGAAAUUUACUGCUGCGAUAUGCCUUAUCCUGAUCUUAGUUUCGCAGAUGUGUCAUCUGCUGUUGUUCGACAGAAUCUGCGACCCGAGAUUCCGAAAUGCUGUCCAAGUUCUCUGGCAAAUGUGAUGAGGAAAUGCUGGGAUGGAAAUCCAGCCAAACGCCCUGAAAUGGAUGAGGUUGUCAAACUGUUGGAAGCCAUUGAUACAAGCAAAGGAGGGGGGAUGGUUCCUGAUGACCAAGCUGCUGGCUGCUUCUGUUUCGGCCCACCACGCGGUCCUUAAUUCGUUUCAACUCAUCGCUUUGAGGGUUGAUGUAGAAAUAAAGGAGUCAAAACUAUGGUGGUUUUUGUUGCUUUUGCGCCUUGUGAUGUGAUAUUUUGCUUGUAGAUGCUGAAAUAUAUGCUCUCAAAUUGUGAUCGCAGCUACUAUCAAUCUGUCUUUGCCUCAGAAUUUGUGACUGAAGCAUUCUCUUCCCAAUAGUUUUGAUUUAUGGUUCUAAGAAUUUGGUCAUUGUUUAAACUUUAAACUUUAUUUAUGGUAUAAUGCAUUUAGAUUGUAUAG